AUGUCCUUGAUUUAUGCCGUCAUUGUAAGGGGAAACAAUGUAACACUUGUCGAUUAUGAAUCUAUGACCAGUAAUUUCCCAUCUUUAGCUAAGAAACUAUUUGACAAACUGAAAACGAACACUCGCCAAACAUGUGUUUAUGAAUAAAAGUAAUGAGUAAAUUUAGAUUGAAUACUAGUUACCAUUUCCAUUACAUAAAUGAAAAUGAUUUCACUUACUUAUGUUUGGCAGAUGCAUUAUUGUCAAAAGUUACAGCCUUUGCGUUUUUAGAAGAAAUCAAAGAAUUGUUUUGUGAGAAAUUUCCUGAAAAUGUUCGAAGACAAGCAGUUAAUUAUGGAAUUCAAAACUAAUUUGUAGAGUACUUGAAGGCAAAGAUGGUAUCAAUAUUAUUAUGCAAUUUUAAAGACUUAUUAUAACAGUGAUCCAGAGAAUGAAAAAAUUGUCAAAUUAUAAAAGCAGUUGGCAGAUGUAGCGAAUCAAAUGUCUCUGACUUUGGGUAUUGCAAAAUUCUAAUACUUUUAGACCAAAUUUUAGACAGAGAAGAUUAAAUUUAGAUUUUAGUACAUACUACUUAAACCAUGACUAGAUUUGCAGGGGCUAUGAAAACAACAGUAAAUUAAUUUUAUUAUCAGUCAAGGCAACAUAAGUCAGAAAAGAUUAAGAAAGUAGAGCUCUAAGAACAAAACUAUUUAUCGCUGCAGUUAUCGUUGCUAUGGUUUUGGUCAUUUAUUUGCUCUAUUGA